CUCUCUUUCUAAACGCGUUUAUUCAAUAUUCAUCCAGAUUUCGAUAGAUUUGAUUUCAGAUAUAAACAAACGAUUUCUCAAUCGAGAUCAUCUGCAUUUUCGAUUGUUAACAAUGGCGUCGGCCACGAUUAUAUCGUCUCUCCGUCGAACGAGGUCACCGACGAUGGAAGCGUUCUUAGCGCCGGUGGAUCUAACUCAUCUGACCGGCAUUUCUCUAUUAGAAACGCUUCUUGCGAUUUCAUACGGUAUUCAAGCGACGUUUUCUCUUAAUAAGAAGCUUUCAUUUCAACGAAUGAAUUCGCGUUCAUUGAUUCGGAAACUGGAGGUGUUCAUAAUACUAUUGGAGUUUCUUCGAGAUUCUAGAUCGAGUUUACCUCCAUCCGCGAUUCUCUGUUUUACGGAGCUUUAUAUGAUGCUUUAUAGAUCUAAAAUGCUUCUGGAUUACUGCUUUCAUUCAAGUAAGUUAUGGCUUCUGUUACAGAAUCAUUCUAUUUCGAGUCAUUUUCAUGAUCUUAAUCAGGAGAUUUCUACUCUUUUGGAUGUUCUUCCAUUGGAUGAACUUAAUUUAACUGAGGAUGUUAGAGAACAAGUUGAAUUGUUGCGGAAACAGGCUAGAAGGUCGAAAUUGUUAAUUGAUAAACAUGAUGAAACGUUAAGAUUGAAAUUGUUUUCGUUCCUGGAUGAAUUCGAGAAUGACAGGAUUCCAUUACCUGUUGAAUUACAAUCGUUUUUCGUUGAAAAGCUAGGGUUUAUACGUCCGAAACAUUUCAUUUAUGAGAUUGAGUUUCUGGAAGAACAAAUUGUUAAUUAUGAAGGAGAUAUCGAACCAACUGUAUCAGUUCUAUACGGAUUUGUUUCAUUGAUUCGAUAUUCUCGUUUCAUGUUAUUCGGAUUUGAGGAAGAUGAAGAUGAAGAAAUCAAUUCUAAAAAGCCUAAGAAAAGUCUGAUUACUCAAGGAAUUGCGGAAACGUUCUUCUCUUCUCCAAAGGAUUUCUUCUGCCCGAUCUCAUUGGAGAUGAUGAGAGAUCCUGUGAUAAUAUCAACAGGUCAAACAUACGAUCGAUCUUCUAUAUCAAGAUGGUUUGAUGAAAAUCAUACUACAUGUCCAAAGACAGGGCAAAUUCUUAUUCACAACAAACUCGUGGCUAAUCAUGCUCUUAGAAAUCUAAUCAGCCAAUGGUGCAUUGCUCACGAAAUCUUCUACGACUGUUCUUCGUUAUCUAAUCAGAUUCAAACCUUAUCGCCAUUUUCAUCAAGUAAUGCAUCAGUUAAAGCUAAUAAAGCUACUACAGGUAUUCUUAUCCAUGAACUAGCAGAAGGAUCCGAAUCGUCUAAAACCAUAGCAGUAAGAGAAAUUCGAUUAAUCGCGAAAACAUGCAGACAGAAUCGCGUCUACAUUGCAGAAUCCGGGGCCAUCCCUUAUCUUAAAUCGUUGCUAUCGUCACCAAAUCCCGUGGCGCAGGAGAAUUCCGUCACAGCCCUUCUAAACCUGUCUAUACACGAGAAGAACAAGAAGUUGAUUAUGGAAGAAUGUUGCUUAGGUCCUAUUAUUAAUGUUUUGAGAUUCGGUCACACGACUGAAGCUAGGGAGAACGCUGCCACCACGUUGUUUAGUCUAUCCGCUGUUCAUCAUUUCAAGAAGAUGAUAACGGAAGAGGACGGGGCUGUGGAAGCUCUGUGUCGGCUUAUGAGAUAUGGAACACCAAGAGGAAAGAAGGAUGCGGUUACUGCAUUGUUCAAUCUGUCUACUCAUAACGAUAACUACAAGAAACUGGUUGAAUAUGGGGCGGUGGCGGCGUUGGUGGAAGCUCUAGAGGUUGAUGGAAUCGCGGAGGAAGCGGCGGGGGCGUUGGCUUUGAUAGUGAGGGUGCCGGUGGGGGCGGAGGCGAUUGGGAAUGCGGAGAGGGGUGUUUCGGGGCUGAUGGAUUUGAUGCGAAGGGGGAGUUCGAAAGGGAAAGAAAAUGCGGUGGCGGCACUGCUGGAGUUGUGUCGGACGGGAGGGUCGGCGGGGGCGGCGGAGAGGGUAAUGAGGGCGCCGGCGUUGGCGAAUUCACUUCAGAAAUUGAUGUAUACGGGGACGAAACGGGCGAGGAGGAAGGCGACUUCACUUGCUAGGAUUUUUCAGAAGUGUGAGUAUGCGAUGUCGUUUCGAUACUAUGGUGGUAAUAGUAGAGAGUCUUCUUCUGGAUUUGGUGGUGGUAUGUUAAGUUCUGUUGUUGCUGUUGUUCCAGUUUUAUGAUAUUUAAUAAGUAUUACCAAGAUUUUUGGUGUAAAAAAUAAAGAAUUCUUUUAUUGGUAUAUCAAUUGGGAGAUAACAAGCCAUCA